UCAUAUUUAUAUCCCCAAGUUGCCUUCACACCUCUGCCUCUGCCUCCACUCCACUCCCAAGUUCCUUCCUUCCCGUCUCUUCUCCCCCCUUCCACUUCUUGGCCUGCUCUCUUGGCAUCCUGCUCGAUCGAAUGCUGGAUCAGGCAGAUUGGAGGUUGCAGUAAAGACGGUAGGUGCUUUCCUUCUUGCUCCGUUGUGAGAGGGACAGGGGGAGAACCCAACCCAACAGAGAGAGGCUGCAAGUUCCCGAGGGCCGGGCUUCUCUUGCGGCGGCGACAUGAAGAAGCUGUUCUUCGUCUCCUUCGUCCUCCUGCUGGCCGCUCCAGCAGUUCACGGUGAAGAUGGUGCGUACAUUGGCGUGAACAUUGGCACGGCCAUGUCGUCGGUGCCAGCGCCGACGCAGAUCACCACGCUACUCCGCUCGCAGAACAUCCGCCACGUCCGCCUCUACGACGCCGACCCAGCGAUGCUGGCGGCGCUGUCCAACACCGGCAUCCGCGUCAUCGUGUCGGUGCCGAACGAGCAGCUGCUGGCCAUCGGCAACUCCAACGCGACGGCGGCCAACUGGGUGGCGCGCAACGUGGCCGCGCACUUCCCCGCCGUGAACAUCACGGCCAUCGCGGUGGGCUCCGAGGUGCUGUCGGCGCAGCCCAACGCGGCGCCGCUGCUGAUGCCCGCCAUGCGCUACCUCCAGAACGCGCUGGUGGCCGCGGCGCUGGACCGGUACAUCAAGAUCUCGACGCCGCACUCGUCGUCCAUCAUCCUCGACUCGUUCCCGCCGUCGCAGGCCUUCUUCAACCGGUCGCUGGACAACGUGCUGGUGCCGAUGCUCAAGUUCCUGCAGUCCACGGGGUCGCCUCUCAUGCUCAACGUGUACCCGUACUACGACUACAUGCGCUCCAACGGCGUGAUCCCGCUGGACUACGCGCUGUUCCGGCCGCUGCCGCCCAACAAGGAGGCCGUGGACGCCAACACCUUGCUGCACUACACCAACGUGUUCGACGCGGUGGUGGACGCCGCCUACUUCGCCAUGGCGUACCUCAACGUUACCAACGUUCCGGUGAUGGUGACGGAGACCGGGUGGCCGCACAAGGGCGACCCGUCCUCGGAGCCCGACGCCACCUCCGACAACGCCGACACCUACAACAGCAACCUCAUCCGGCACGUGAUGAACAGCACCGGCACGCCCAAGCACCCCGGGGUGGCCGUGCCGACCUACAUCUACGAGCUGUACGACGAGGACACCCGGCCUGGCUCCACGUCGGAGAAGUACUGGGGCCUCUUCGACAUGAACGGCGUCCCGGCCUACACCCUGCACCUGACGGGCUCCGGCGUCCUGCUGGCCAACGACACGACGAACCAGACCUACUGCGUGGCGCGCGACGGCGCGGACCCCAAGAUGCUGCAGGCGGCGCUGGACUGGGCGUGCGGCCCCGGGAAGGUGGACUGCUCCGUGCUGAUGCAGGGCCAGCCUUGCUACGACCCGGACACCGUGGAGGCGCACGCCACGUACGCCUUCAACGCCUACUACCACGGCAUGGGUAUGGGCUCGGGGACCUGCUACUUCAGCGGCGUCGCGGUGGUGACCACGACCGACCCAAGUCACGGGUCUUGUGUUUACUCUGGGAAGAACGCGACGGCGUUGAUGAACGGCACGUCGCUGGCGCCGUCGUCGAACUCCACGGAGGGAGGCUCCGGCGCGCACCGGGCGUUCGGCGACGUCUCGUCACUCGCCCGCAUCGUCUCCACCGCGCUGCUCUUCAGCGUCGGCCUCCUCCUGUUGUAGGCAGUGGCAGUAGUUAGUGGUAGCAAGUAGGCACCAUGGAAUCAUGCAGUCUUUGCAGAGUUAGGCAUUCGUGAGGGAGGGAUGGAUGGAUGAUUCUUUUUGCUGUCAAGAGGCAGGAACGGAGCCGGGAUGUUGCUUCUGCUCUGUCUGUCAUCUGCUGGGUUUCUCUCGUCUGGUAUUGGUGUGGAAUGGAACAGGAAUUGGUUUGCUUCCUAGCAAUUGCUCCGUUGCGAAUUCGCUGGACUGCCGGUUGGUUGGUUGAUUGUGAUGAGCAAACAGGAUGUUUGGGGUUCA